AUGGAUUUUUUGAGUCCAGCUUCCGGCGACGGUAAUUCAAGGUCGCCGCUGCCUAUACCGAAAAAUGAAAACUUACCUGUAACUCAUGAAUCCUUAUUAGAAAAUGAUAUUUUGAAAGAUGAUAAAUCAGAUACAAAAAGUACUGACGAUACAAACGAGAAUGAAGGUAAUGAGAAUGAAAAUAAUUUAAAGGAGAGAAUACAGCAAUGUCGGAGUAUUAUAGAGUCUUUGAAGCUUGAAUUGACUGAAGAGAAAGCUCGUUUAGAAAGAGAGACCAAGACUUCCCAACAUCAUCCCAAAAACAUUGAACCAACAGUAACUUCAGAUUCAAUUUCAUCUGUGGACGAUCCUUAUCCUCCGAAUUUCUAUAGUUCUUGCGUGGAAAGUAAGUUAACAUGUGAUGAAAAUCUUAUUCAAUAUGAAAAACAAUUAGAGAGAUAUCAAAACACACUAAACAUGGCACAAAUCGAGAAGAAGAAUGCGAUCAGGAAGCAAAUGAUAGCGAAAGCUUACAAGCUCAAAUUGCUAGAAGUUGAAAACCAAUGUAACAUCGAACUUCUACGCGUGAAGCAGAGCUUGCAGUGUCUGGAACCCCUGCAAAUGAUCGCCAAUAAGUGGAAAACUAGCACCGAUGAAUAUGCUUACGAUUUGGACAACUUCGAGCUGAUGCCUCGUUAUCCUGAAUUGCACGCCAUGUCCGGCAGCGACGUUUCUUCUGUGGAUUCUGACUCCAAAAACAAAUCGGCGAUAACGCCGGAUUAG